AUGACUAAAUCAAAUCUAAGUCGUAAGAAAAAUGUUGAAGAUAUUCGUAGAAAAAAUGUUGAAGAGAAUCAACUCUUUCUCAAACAACUUCUUAUGGCUAAUAUUCGAGAUGAUUUUAUCAAUUCUGCUCGUACAGUUCUUCGAAAAAAGGAAAAUAUAAAAAAAUCUAUUCAACAUGAAAGAAUUGAAUAUUCAACUCGAUAUCAUAUAAAAGUAAAAUCAGGUGAAAUUUCUCCUCAUGUACCAGAAUGGGUACGGGAAAAUGAAAGAAAAAAAUUAGAAAAUGAACAAAAGAAACAAGAACGAGAAAUGAGACAACAAAUGAGACAACAAGAAAAACUGCUUAAACAAGAAAUGAGAAAACAAAUAUUAAAGAUGAAAAUGGAAGAACGUUUUAAGCCUUCAAGAUGGACUUUAUUGUACAAAAAUAAUCCUAAUCCAUAUGGACGUACAUUCAAACCACGUCAAACAAAAAUACACGAACGUAUUGAACAAGAAUUUAUGAAAGAUUUACGUUCAGAACACGAUUAA